CUCGGCGCGCGGGCCCCCCCUUCCCUAGGCCGCAGCCGGACACGGCGGGGCUCCCUGGCCGUGCCACCGUGUGCGUGUCCCCGCGCUCGGGGCCCCGACCCUGCGGCCGCGAUGUGGGACAAGCUCCACGCGGCGGUGGCGCAGGCCGGCGCCGCCGGGACGCCAGGGCGCGGUCGCAGGCUUCAGCACGUCGCCGCGCUGGAGUCUCCGCUGCUGAGUGCUGCCGACGAAGAAGAGGUCGCCAGCCCGUUGUCCCCAAGCAGCCGAAGGCACAAUGAGGCGAAAGAGUUCGUCGCUGAGAAGUUGCCUGCCCGCCUCCAGAAAAAAUUGGUAAAGAAGGCCACGGAGGCGAGGUUUCGCGUGAGCCAGAGGUACAUGUCCAAGGACGAAAGACACAAGAGUAUGUUUUGGAUCGUGCUCGUUCUCACCGCCGUGCUCUCAAGCCUGGUGUCGUUCAUCAUUGACCAAGGCACGCAGAACAUCGGCACUUGGCGCCAGGGCUUCACGACUUUCUCGCACGGCUACUCCGACCUGGGGAUGAUAUGUAUCUUCAACAUCAUGCUAACCUGUGGCGCCCGCCUCCUCGUGCGCACGAAGGUGGAGGCGGAGGGCAGCGGCUUCCCGGAGGUGAAGGCGAUGCUGUUCGGGAAACCCAUGAGGAAUUUUCUCACGCUCCGUGUUCUCGCUAUAAAGGCAGUCUGCCUGACCAUGGGCGUGGGCGCUGGGCUGCCCCUGGGGAAGGAGGGCCCGAACGUGCACAUGGCGGCCUGCAUCUCGCACACCCUGUCCGACCUGAUGGGCAGGUGGGGCCUGAUGGACAAGGACUUUUUCGUGAAGAAGCGCGUCGCCGCGUCGCACCUGCUCCUGGCCGCGUGCGCCGUGGGCGUCGGCUCGUCGUUCUCCGCCCCCAUCGGCGGCGUGGUCUUCGCGCUGGAGCUGGUGCUGCCGCAGGUCUUCGACUCCGUCGGCUAUUCCGGCUGCUUCCUGUCUGCGGUGAGCGGGUCUGUCUGCUACAUUCUCUACCGGAGCGCCUUCGCCGACGCGAGCGUGCUCAUGCCGCUCCUGUCGACCAACGUGGGCCCCGGAGAGGGCGCGCAGAGCCGCUACCCAUUUUUCCUGCUCCUGAUGGACGUGCUUCUCGGGGUCAUCUGCGGGUACACGGGCGCCUAUUGGAUCAGCAGCCACAAGAAGUGUGCGAAGAUGUUCAAGGAGUGGAGACUGCAGACUGCCAAGGCGUACAAGUUCAAGCACGGCAGCCUCCUCGCGGACCACAUCCUCGAAGAUUCGCCCUCGGCGAAAGUGAAGGGGGCCGUGACAAGGUUCAAGUUCAACGUGCGGACGGGCAUCUACAACCAGCUGGAGAAGAGGGAGUGGAGGGACCUGGCGCAGAUCGCCGUGAUCACCUUGGUCAACACCAUCGUCGCCGCGAACCUGCCGCUGCUGGGGGGCAAGCCACAGCCGGCGCUCCUCUCCACGCUGUUCAACAAGGAGCUCAUGACCGACGAGAGCUGGGUGCUGUGGUGGGCGGGGCCGGUCGCCACCAUGUUCCUGUGCUUUCUGGCGAAGUGGUUCCUCACGAUGAUGGCCCUGUCGCUGCCCAAUCCGGCCGGCGUGGUGGCGCCGGUCAUGAUCAUCGGGGGCCUGCUCGGGCGAUUCCUCAUCAUGCUCGUUCCCAGCGUUUUCCUGGACAUCCUGCUGGGCAGCACGGAGGACACGGUCAGCGACGCAGAGCGCAUCGCCUUGCGGGGCGCCCUCGUGGCGCGCUUCGCCAUCAUCGGCGCGGGCGCCUUCUCGUCGGCGGUGUGUCGCGCCUUCGCGAUGGCCAUUACGAUCUUCGAGGUGCUGGCGCUGCCCAAUCUCAUCAUCCCGAUCUCUACCGCCAGCUUGGCCGCCAUGUUCGUAGCAGACAAGUUCGCUCGGCCCUAUUUCGACACCAACCUCAUCGGCCGCGGCCUGCAGGGCAUCUCCGACCUGACACACGGCAAGGAGGCAUUCAAGCCCGCGUUCGAAAAGAUGCGGCGGGUGGAUUUGCUCUCUGGAUGCCUCGAGAAGAAGACCUCUCUCAUGGAGAUCGAGCAGGUCCUCAGCGAGCCUUGCAACCAGGAUGAGGAGUUCUUCGCCAUUGUGGAGCACGUCAACUCGGGGAGCUGGCAGGACACGGGCGUGUCCUGCAUGCUCAAAGGUUGCAUCACGCGCAAGAACCUCGAGGACAUCAAGACAGAUGUCAGCUCGAAGGGCCACGGGGCGUCGAUGCUGAUCGACCUGAUGAGCCCACAGUACGCUUUUGUCCAGAGGGGCAGCUCGGCCCCCCCGCGGGUGAACCUCACCCCGCUGCACGUGACGGAGGACACCAUCGUGCAGGAUGUAUACCUGGUCAUGAAAGUGGCCAACGAGCCGGUCGUGUUCGUCACAAAGGACAACUUGUUGCAAGGUAUCAUUACGUUGAAGGAGAGCUGCUCGGCCACUCCCUGGAGAAGGGCGGCGGGCGCGGCUGGGACGACCCCAGCAACAACCCGCUGA